ACCCCUUCACUUCAGAAGUGAACGCUCCCUUUCUAUUACUUUUCAAGGAUACUUGGGGUGUCAGUGAACUUCCCAAGAAUGGAGGAUGACUUCCCAAGCUCUGAGCAAGACUUUGAAGACAACGAUGAUUCAGGAACCCCGAAGCUGGACAAAGAGAAAAGCUGGCUAUACACCCUGGAUCCCAUCCUGGUGACCAUUAUAGCAAUGAGCUCCCUCGGUGUCCUCCUUGGGGCCAUCUGCGCUGGUCUGCUCCUCUACUGCACGUGCUCGUACGCCGGGCUGUCCUCGCGGAGCUCCACCACGCUGGAGAACUACAACUUUGAACUGUACGAUGGCAUCAAGCACAAGGUGAAGAUGAACCACCAGAAGUGCUGCUCGGAGGCCUGAUGGGUGCCUGGGGAUCACCCUUUGGCAUUGUGCCCGGUGAGGUGGGCUGGCAGGGGGGUACAUUUUUGCUGUUUUCUAUGGGAACUGAAUGCCAUAACAGGGAAUGAGGGGAGCAGGAGUGAGGGGAGCCACUGCUCCUGCCACCAGGUCUUGCUGCCGGGUCACACUGCACCAAGACCGAGUGGCUUUCCUGCAAACCAGACUGUGCCGGGCGAGGGGGGACUGAGCCCCUUGUUUGUUGGUUCAUCUUCAUUUUCUGCUGAUGUGAGUGGCUGGGAUGUGGUGAGGGAGCCUGGUUUAACUUUUGGAUGUGAGAAACUAAAUGUUGAUUGUUAUUUCCCACCUCCUUCCUCUGGUAAGUUACUGAGAAGGCUGAGGGAUUUCUUUAGAAAUAACACACAUACACAUGGAGCCCCUGUCCAUUUUAGACUCCGUCCAGAUAUCAUUCUAGGGAUUUGUGCACUUCACACUAAGAACAGGAAGCUGUAGUUUGCAGUCCUGAAAAUGGAAGCAUGUUGUUACCUUCAACUUUCCCUCUGGUAGCAGGGGAAAGGUGGGAUACUGGCUUUACUGUCAACAGUAACAGCAGCGCUUUCUGAAAACAUUAAGAAAGAAAAUAGAAGGGAAACCCUAUGUGUAGAAGCACCUCUUUGAGAGAAGCUGAAGAGCCUUAAAGUGAUUUGUGAAUAAGAGCCAUUUAUUAAAUCCAGAUCUUUGACUGCAAAAGCUGAGGCCUUCGUCAGGAAGGCCUUCAUUUGAAUCUCCCACCCCUCUUGAGCCUGCCAUUUUUCUUUUUGCUAUAAUGAGAAAACUUCAGCAAAAAAAAAAGAUAGAGCCUCUCAGGUUGCUGGCGCUUAGGCAAUGGCUUUGGGAAGGGGGCUUCACUUGGGGUUUGACUUGAGGUACAGUGCUGAGGCCUCUCCACAGUGCCAGGAAGGGAAAAUGAACAGGAAGGAGGCUGGAACCAUGCCCACAGCCCUGGGGAGCCUGGCCAUGGGGCCCGGGGGCACUCCCUCACCUUCCUGGUGCUCCAGUUCUCCCUGGAGCUGGGGGGUGUGAGCUGGUGCCAUCAGCACUGCUGGAACAAACAGCUGCCACUACAACCCCUUUGGAGCAAAACU